AUGUCUCUCACCGACCCAUACCCUCCGGUGAUCGCCACCGAGGGGUCUACCGCCUUCCAAUCCCAUAUACUCUCCUUAUUAUCCGUCAUCUCGCAGCACCCUUCCCCCGACUACCCUUUCCCAAGCAAAGCCGACCCCCUCUCCGAAAGCAGUCGGCAAGAAGGUGGGUCGGGUAGCAAGCAAGACACUCUCUCAACCUUCCCUGGCAAGAAGACACCAGCGGAGGAUGCGAUUGAGCGGGCGAUCAUUGCCCUCGGAGACCGAGUAUGGACAGCAGAGCGGACGCAGGGUCAGUUGAUGAGGGAGAUCAGGCGUGAGGCACCCGUCCAACAGACCAACGACCUGCCAACACCCGACUGGACACCUCCUGUGCCCGCCGAGUCAUCAGAGCCACCUGUUCCCGGUCCAAUCUGCCCCACCUGUGCCCGUUCUAUCUCUGCCAACCACGACAUCACCAGCUUCACCCCGCAGCAGAUCGCUUCGUUUUACCACCCGUUCACUGCCGCCUUGUCCACGCCCCCGCCACCUCUUCCUGAACAAAUGUUCUUCCCGCCCAACGUCCUCGCUGCUUAUGUCAAUGCUACUUCCGACAACGAACCCUCUGAUGACUCUGGCUUGUCGGCCGAGAAGGAGCUUGCUCUCCUCAAGGCGCAAGUCCAGGAUAUUGCCCGUGUCUGUAAGGCCGUCGCCACAGGUGACCUUACCCAGAAAAUCAUCGUCCCCGUCAAAGGCCAAGCUAUGACCGAACUCAAAAACAUUAUCAACGCCAUGGUAGACCGUCUGCAGACCUUUGCUGUCGAAGUCGAACGUGUCUCGCUCGAAGUCGGCACCGAAGGAAAACUCGGUGGUCAGGCUGUUGUGCCCAAUGUGGAAGGUUCAUGGAAGGUCCUCACUGCUGUCGUCAAUAAACUCGCUGCCAACCUCACCAACCAAGUGCGAAGCAUUGCCAAGGUCACAAAAGCUGUCGCGAAGGGCGACUUGUCCGAGACCAUCGACGUCGAGGCCAGGGGUGAAAUUGCCGAACUGAAGACUACUGUCAACGGAAUGGUGAUGUCUCUCCGAACGCUGGCCGAUGAAGUCAGUCGAGUAUCCCUGGAAGUCGGUAGUCAAGGUAAACUGGGUGGACAAGCCAAUGUCCCUGAUGUCGAAGGUGUCUGGAAAGAUCUUACGGUCAAUGUCAAUCGAAUGUGUGAAAGUUUAACAACCCAAGUGCGAAGUAUCGGAAGCGUCACGACUGCAGUUGCCAGAGGUGAUCUAAGUAAAAUGAUUGAGAUAGAGGCAGAAGGUGAAAUGGCUGUAUUGAAAAACACUGUAAACUCUAUGAUUCGGCAACUCACUAUAUUCGCAAAGGAAGUCACGCGUGUCGCGUUGGAAGUCGGAACACAAGGUCAAUUGGGUGGUCAAGCUGUCGUGCCAGGCGUGGAAGGUGUCUGGGAUGAUCUCACCACCAAUGUGAACAAGAUGGCUAGGAAUCUGACAGACCAAGUGCGAGAAAUUGCCAUGGUUACCAAAGCUGUUGCCCGAGGAGACCUGUCCAAGACCGUCACCGCCGAUGUCCAAGGAGAAAUUCUCGAUCUGAAGGCUACUGUCAACGAAAUGGUUGCCCAACUUACCAUCUUUGCCUCUGAAGUCACUCGUGUGUCUCUCGAAGUAGGAACAGAAGGCAAGCUGGGUGGUCAAGCCGUGGUGCCAAACGUUGAAGGAACAUGGAUGGUUUUGACGGAUAAUGUCAACUUGAUGGCUUUGAACUUGACGACGCAGGUGCGAUCAGUCGCUGAAGUUACGACGGCUGUCGCUGCUGGUAACCUGAGUAAAAAAAUCAAUGUCGCUGCCUUUGGUGAAAUCCUCGAGUUGAAGAACACUGUAAACAAUAUGGUGGACUCUCUGCGAUCAUUCUCGUCUGAAGUCACGCGUGUAGCCCGAGAAGUCGGUACCGACGGUCGUCUGGGUGGUCAAGCCAAGGUCCCUGGUGUUGCCGGUACUUGGAAGGAUCUUACAGACUGUGUCAACAUCAUGGCAGCCAAUUUGACCGAGCAAGUGCGAACCAUUGCACACGCUACUACUGCUGUCGCCCGUGGUGACCUCACGCAAAAGGUGGUUGGGGUCAAGGUGUCUGGUGAAAUUCUUGAUCUGGUCAACACCAUCAAUAAUAUGAUUGACCAACUGGCGAUCUUUGCUGCUGAAGUCACUCGAGUUGCUCGAGAAGUCGGAACGGAAGGAAAGCUUGGUGUGCAGGCCGAGGUUGAAAACAUUGAAGGGACAUGGCAAGAAAUCACGUCAAACGUAAACACCAUGGCUUCUAAUUUGACAUCCCAAGUGCGAGCCUUUGCUCAAAUUUCUGCUGCCGCUACCGAUGGUGACUUUACCAGGUUCAUCACUGUCGAGGCCUCUGGUGAAAUGGACUCUUUGAAGACCAAGAUCAACCAAAUGGUCUACAAUCUGCGAGAAUCCAUCGAGAAGAACACCAAGGCUAGGCAAGAAGCUGAAAUGGCGAACCGAAGUAAAUCCGAGUUCUUGGCCAACAUGUCUCACGAAAUCAGGACGCCGAUGAAUGGUAUCAUCGGCAUGACUGUCUUGACACUCGAAAGUGAAUUGACAAGGCAGCAACGAGAAAACUUGAUGAUCGUAUCCAGCUUGGCUGGUUCAUUGUUGACCAUCAUUGACGAUAUCCUGGAUAUCUCCAAGAUCGAAGCUGGUCGCAUGACCAUGGAGAAGAUCCCAUUCUCCCUUCGUGUCGCUGUCUUCUCUGUCCUCAAGACCCUCUGUGUCAAGGCUGCCCAAAACAAACUUGAUCUGAUCUUCGAUCUCGAUCCUUCCAUGCCUGAUCAACUCAUUGGAGACCCUCUCCGACUUCGCCAAGUCAUCACGAACCUCAUUGGUAACGCUGUCAAAUUCACCACCAAGGGUCAAGUCGCUUUAACCUGUCGUGUCAAGGGCUACGUGACCGCAGCUGUCGAACUCGAGUUCUGUGUUGCCGACACCGGUAUUGGAAUCAAGCAGGACAAGCUCGAUGUCAUCUUUGAUACUUUUGCCCAGGCCGAUGGCUCCACCACUAGAAAGUACGGUGGUACUGGUCUAGGAUUGACGAUCUCAAAGAGGCUCGUCAACUUGAUGAACGGUGACCUGUGGGUCGAGUCUGAGUAUGGGAAAGGCAGUCGCUUCUUCUUCACUACGGUGGCUGAGAUGACAAGCGUCCCGAGGGACCAAAUCAUCGAGCGUCUGUCACCUUGGGCUGGAAGGAGUGUCUUGUUCAUCGACACUCUCGGAGACGAGACUGGCGUCGUGGAUAUGCUUCAAGAACUCGGUCUCAAACCAAUUGUGAUCCACUCCGUCAACGACGUGUACCUGCUCCAGGAUCAGGGAUUGACUGUCUUUGAUACCAUGAUUGUUGAUUCUCUGAAGGCCGCUGGGGAACUGCGGGGCAUUGAAUACCUUCGAUAUAUCCCCAUCCAACUGUUGUCUCCCAUUCCUGUCAAAGAUUGUCUCGAGAUGGGUAUCAACACCUAUUACACCACUCCUUUGUCACUGCAAGAGCUCUCCAACGCUAUCGUUCCUGCCCUCGAGACUCAUCAAAUUCAACCGGGAGACACGGUCAAGGAUACGGUUUUGAGCGUACUCUUGGCAGAAGACAAUCUGGUGAACCAGAAGCUCGCUGUGAAAUUGAUGGAGGUCGCCGGACACAAGAUAGAAGUCGCCGAUAACGGAGAGAUUGCUCUGGAGAAGUAUAAGAGAAGACAAGUGGCCAGGACCGCCUUUGAUGUCAUCCUGAUGGACGUCUCGAUGCCCGUCAUGGGUGGUAUGGAGGCCACUGGUCUCAUCCGAGAAUUCGAGGCCAACGAAGGUGUUCCUCGUACACCGAUCAUUGCGCUCACAGCGCACGCCAUGAUUGGCGACAAAGAGCGGUGUCUUGCGGCAGGCAUGGACGAGUAUGUCACGAAGCCUCUGAGAAGGGGUGACUUGCUUGCAUCUAUCGCCAAGGUGCUGGCUCCCAAGCAACCCUCUUCUAGUCUCGAAAUCCCAAUGAUCUCAGCAACCUCUGCCUUGUACGGCAGAUAA